CCCGCAGCCCCGCGGCCAGGCCGCGCCCAGCCCCGCGGAGACAGCACCAGGAGGCGGCUCCGAGCGCGGCCACAAAGACCCCCGGCGGCGUCUCUCCGCGGACCGGUUCAACUUUAACUCCGUCAUGUCCUUCGGCAGAGACAUGGAGCUGGAGCACUUCGAUGAAAGGGAUAAGGCGCAGAGAUACAGCCGAGGGUCGCGGGUGAACGGGCUGCCCAGCCCCACGCACAGCGCCCACUGCAGCUUCUACCGAACCCGCACGCUGCAGACCCUCAGCUCUGAGAAGAAGGCCAAGAAAGUUCGUUUCUAUCGCAACGGAGAUCGAUACUUCAAAGGGAUUGUGUAUGCCAUCUCCCCAGACCGAUUCCGAUCUUUUGAGGCCCUGCUGGCUGAUUUGACCCGAACUCUGUCGGAUAACGUGAAUUUGCCCCAGGGGGUGAGAACAAUCUACACCAUUGAUGGGCUUAAGAAGAUUUCCAGCCUGGACCAGCUGCUGGAAGGAGAGAGUUAUGUGUGUGGCUCAAUAGAGCCCUUCAAGAAGCUGGAGUACACCAAGAACGUGAACCCCAACUGGUCCGUGAACGUCAAGACCACCUCUGCUUCGCGGGCAGUGUCCUCGCUGGCCACCGCCAAAGGGAGCCCUUCGGAGGUGCGGGAGAAUAAAGAUUUCAUUCGGCCCAAGCUGGUCACCAUCAUCAGAAGUGGAGUGAAGCCGCGGAAAGCUGUCAGGAUUCUGCUGAACAAGAAGACGGCUCACUCCUUUGAACAGGUUCUCACUGACAUCACCGAUGCCAUCAAGCUGGACUCGGGAGUGGUGAAACGCCUCUACACCCUGGAUGGGAAGCAGGUGAUGUGCCUUCAGGACUUUUUUGGUGACGAUGACAUUUUUAUUGCAUGUGGACCGGAGAAGUUCCGUUACCAGGAUGAUUUCUUGCUAGAUGAAAGUGAAUGUCGAGUGGUGAAGUCCACUUCUUACACCAAAAUAGCUUCAUCAUCCCGCAGGAGCACCACCAAGAGCCCCGGACCUUCCCGGCGCAGCAAAUCCCCGGCAUCAACCAGCUCAGUUAAUGGAACCCCUGGUAGUCAGCUCUCUACUCCGCGCUCGGGCAAGUCUCCAAGCCCAUCACCCACCAGCCCUGGAAGCCUGCGGAAGCAGAGGGACCUGUAUCGCCCCCUCUCUUCGGAUGAUUUGGAUUCAGUAGGAGACUCAGUGUAAAAGAGACAAUGGAGCAGUGUAUAUGGUUUGUGGUUGGGUGAAGGUUUCACGUUUCCUAAGCAAAAGCCUAACAGCAAAAUACGCAAAAGAGUUUUGCAUACCUUGAAAUUAUGAAGCCUAAAUCAUAUAAAAGGAAAUAUCCAGGCAUUUUAUAUUAAUCCUUGAAAGAGAUAUUUUUUUAUAUCUCCCACGUUGAUUUGACCGAGGGAGCUUGAACACAGACUGGCUCACGUGGCGAGGUUUUUGUGCCAGGCCUGGCUGUAGAUGAAUUUCAUUUAUGGGCCCGAUCUUAGUUUCAGAACAUGCUAAUGGUGUAGCAAGACAGUCAUAAUUUCUGUAGAUGGGGUUUUCAUUUUGAUCAUAAGUAAACACAUGGAUACAAAUUUUCUGUACAAUUCUGUACAGAUUUUCUGGCUGAGCAGAUUAAAAUGCCACUAGCAGACAUUUUUUCUUAAAGUUAGAGUCUUCUUAAACUUUACAUUGCUGAUUUUAAAGUUCUUUUAUUGCAAAAUAAUCAAAAUAUUCAAGUAGGGUUCUUCUUCUUCCUAGACAAUAUUCAGAGCUACUUGUCAUUUUGUAGGUUAGUAUAGGUGAGGAAAAACACCCAUGUCAAAGACAUAUCUCAUGAAGACUCUCUUGGUAAGCAUAGGAACUUUCCUAAUUUUUGUUGUAAAAAGUAAAUUUUACACUUUAAACUUAUCUUUCAUUGAAAACAGCGUAAGUAUAGCUUAAACAUGAAGACUUUGUUCAAUGGCAUUGCUAUAAAUUAUAUAAUUCCUCUCUCCAACCAUAUAUAUAAUUUUUCAAAUAUGUAAAUGCUGAAGCUAGGAAGCUUUUUUUUUAAAACAUACAGACCUAAAAAAUUGUGUCUGGACUUAUUCCAAAAAACCAAUUGGAAAAGCAAAAUUCUUUUAAAUGGUACUACAUAAAUCAGGUCCCAAAUAUCCAAAUCUCUACUCGGAUAAAUCCUGGAUCUUACUGGUAUUUUGGAAAUUUUCAUAUGCAAAACUCCUUUGUGUUGAACUAUGUUAGUCUAUGAUUAUAACCUGUUGUUAAACAUUAACCUACUAAUUCUGCUUUCCUAGUCCUCUGUUUAAAAAUUAUAGUCAGCUUUGCUUAAACAUAAAACAAUUAUUUUUAAUCUGAAUGUUAAGAACUAAUUUAAUGUGUAUGGUCUAUUGUAUUUAAGCCAUACCCUAGUGAUCAUUUAGUUUUACUAGUUCAAACACUAACAAUUUAAGACUUGUGUAGCAUGGUUUUGAUAUUUUACAGGCUUGACAUAUCUCAGUAGGUGAUAAAUUAAAAAUGUAUGAUGCCACUUGGAGGCUUUUACUUGGGGUUCUUUUUUCAAAUUUUACUUGAAGAUUGAAUUUAAAAACAAAAUGUUUGAUUCAAAAUGGAGAGAAUUUCAGUUGUCACAUACUGUUUUAAAUGUUAUCCAUUUAUCUCCUUGAUAAAUUGCUCAACUAUCAAAUUUUACCAUCUGGUUUAUAGUUACAUAUGUUACUAUCUCACUUUCCAAGUGAAUAAAAUAUUCCAACCAUAAGAAGGAGACGAAAAAAAACAGUACAGGCAACCUAACAGCAUUUGAAAACUUAGCCUUAUAAAAAUUAGUGCCUCAUUAUCCUGUCUGUUGCAGAGAAAGACACUUCUCUGGCAGGUUAUUUGAGAACUGCAAACUGAACCAUUCCAUCUUGAAAGAACAGUUCAUAAUACCUGUUCCAGACUUCAGAUUUUAAAACUGUUUCCAAUAGAAAUGAACAGAGACUCCUGCUGAGAUCAAAAGGCUGCUUUGUUUUAGCUGAAACAGUAAACAUCUGUGAGGUUGCCUAUGCUGGUGUCUGUUCUAGUUAUGUCUUUGUAAGAUGCAUUACUUAAUACAGUUGAGUCCAUAAAAGAUUAGUAUGUAUUUGACUGAACUGUCAAAAAUGCAAAGAAAGCAGUGGAACAGUUAACCUAAAUCUGGUGGGGUCAGAUGGUCCAGAACAAAAAAUAAAUUCCGAUAAUUUUAACUUCCCUGAACUGUCAGUCUUAUGGACAACUACUGCUUAGAAAGGUCCAAUAAACGCUAUUUGUUCUGGGUAAGUGGCAGAUAUUGCCAAUUGAUAUGAAGCCCAGGGCUUUGUUUAGACAUGGCAAAAAGAAACUGGACUUGUACUAAUUGCCGAUAGAUAUCAUGGCCAACUUGCCAUUCAAGCAGUUCCGAGGGAAAUGCUAUUCCACAGCAUUUAAUCUUUUGAACAUAUGACUUUUAUUAAACGACUGUUCAGGGGCAAUAUAUAUCAUUUACUUUUGAAACUAAAAUCCCUCAGAGAUUGAAACAGCACACCAUUUAUAGACUUUGAGAUCUCUUCCUGCGCAGAGCAUAAUUCCAUUACACUAAAGCAGAAAUUAAAAAAAAAAAAUCCUUAGCAACAAACCAGAAGUUUUCAGUUUAUUGGUGGAACUGAAUUGAUGAUUUAUAGGCACUUAAGAUUUACUUACUUAUAGAAUUCUUUAAAAAAAAAAUGAGACACCGAAUUUUUAAAUUGUUCUACUGGGCAGAAGAGACCUCCAGCAAAAGCAAUGCAUUGUUGUCCUCAUGGUCGACCUUAAAUGUUCUGUGAAGACAUUGCACUCUAGGAAAAAUUUGAUCAUUGGCGCUUACAUUUUCACUGAUACAAUAAACAUAUCCCUGCUUUCAGCAUUUUAGAAAUGCAAAACCUAAUUAUAUAUCAAGUAUAAACUUCAGUGUGAACUCAAAAGACUGGUUCUGAAAGCCACGUGAUUUCUUUCUUCUUUGUCUUGCUUAAUUACGUGGGGUGGGGCAGGAGUUCCCAAAGUUUUCAUACUGUCAUAGACUUUUGAGAUGUGGCAGGUCCACACCCAUUGACACACAUCCCUGUGUUCGUAUAUUGGCUCGUCUAAACGUUAAAAAAAAUCAAAUACUAUCUUCUAAAAACAUUUUGAACCAGAAUUCAUGUGCCACAUGUGUUCCCUGUGUUAACCAGCAGGGGUAUUUUGGUUGCAUCCACUGCAGAUCUGUACAUGAUUUUUUUUUUUCAUUUAAAAAUAAUGAAAUCUGAAAGCCACAUUUCUUAAUACAAAUGAAUGAAUAUAUAGAAUAAUAUCCCUAAAAUAUAAUUCCAUAUAUUUUAGCUAUUGGACUACUAAAUUUUUCAUAUGUGGCCAUAUAUCUACCCAGGUGUGUAGGUGUUUAUGUAAAUUUGCAGGGCUCAGUGUGUAUAUGGGUGUGCUUAUGUAAGUAUUUGUGUAUGUUUAUAGACCGUAAAUAGUAGAGUAUGGUAUUUGUGACACAGCCUUAUAAGUUACUGGCUCUUGUGGAAUUGUAUGUAAAACCUUUCAUGUCAUAAAUCAUUACCCAUGACAUAUUAAUUGAGGCAUAUUUAUUUAACUUCAAAAGUAGUUUGCAAAAAAAAAAAAAGUUUGCUAAACUAGUAUGGCAAAACGGUUCGAAAUAAUAGGCAGAUGUACUGAUUUAUUUUAAACAAUUUGGAAUCCAGUUAAACAAAAAUUUCAAAUUCAGAUAAAUCCAAUAUUGUGUUAACUAUUAAAUAUAAGCAUACGUUAAUGCUUAUAUUGUUAUGUCCUGAUAUUCUAUUAUUAAAAUGAUUAUAUACUAUCACUGAUGUUUCUCUAAUGUGUAUGACAUGUGGUGAUAGUCAGUAUUCACUAAAAAAAGGAAGUAUUGAUUUAUAGGGUCGUGAGUAGGUGAGUAAUUAUAUUGAAACAUAAAUCGAAGAGAAUCCAAACUGUGUUUGUUUUUAAGUAAAUUGAAUUGCAAAGCCAGAUGAACUGUAAGGCAGUUUUGUAUGUUCUUUCAAAACACGAUUCUAAAGUAUUGAUGUAUUUUAAGUAGUAACCCUACUAUACUUUCUGUAUGUGUGUAACAAAUAUACACACUCCUGAAAAUGUUAAUUGAAUGAAUAUAUUGGGAAUGAACUUUUUGGCCAACCCAAUACUAUAUAUACAUACAUUUCCUAUUUAUGCGUAUUUGCAUUAGCCUGGCUAGCAUCUCUAACUGUGCAUGUCAGUGACAAUGAUAUCCCACAGAAUUAUAGUGUGAAAAUUAGAGAUAUAUUGAAUUCGAAAUACCAAUUGCCUGAUGCAGUUUGUUAUACUGUCAGCUGAAAAAUAUUUGUAACUUUGUGCCUGUAAUGCAUGUGGAAAAGAUAGGAAAUCUGAGGCCCUAGCUGUAAUUUUUCAGGGUGCAUGAUAUAUAGUGUCUUUAAAAUGUGGUUCAUUUUAGUAAAGACGAUGGAUAAAUUCCAAGAUAGUAUAAAUGAUGCAUGUAAUACAUGGGUGUUUGUUUUAUAUAUGGCCACAAAAUGGUUUUGAAGCCAGGGUAGUAGGUAUCUGAAAGGUCAUAGGCAAAGAACUAUGAAAGUUAAUUUUCUUGUGAUGUGUUUCUUUGAGUUUAUAUUCAUCAACAAGCAAGGAAUUGGGUUUAUUUGUUCUAAGGACAUUUUACUUUGAAAUACACUAUGAAUGUUGUAAAUUUGGAUAAAAUUUUUGUAGAGAGGUUGACAUACUUCCUGCUUACAGUUUGAGUUGCUCGGAUGUGUAUUUUCUUAAAAAAAGCAUUUGGUGUUAAAAUGUUUUAAACAGCAACAUGUUUUUAAAAUCCAUCAGGUGAGGCCAUCAGCAGAGUUUUACAGGGAGAAAUGAUGAAAUGUUUCAUUGACCUACCCAAUUUUGAAAGUUCCAUCACUUUGUACUGUGGCUUCACUGUAAAAUGUUGUACCUUGUGUUUCACACUGGACCAUGUUAUUCCCCUCAAAGUUAAUGUUGUGACACUUAACCACCUUAAAAAUAACUAUAAUAAACAGGAAA